AUGGCAAGCGUGCUUUGUCAAAAUGGCUGUGGCCGCGACUGCGGCAAGGGUGCUGAUGGUCGAGCGUACCUGAAAAAGGAGCGCGGCUUGUGCGGCCACGACAUUGACUGCGACAUCCGUGCCAAUGAAGCUGUUUGCCCUCCUUGGUACUGGAAGUCCGCGGCCGUUUGGCCUGAGCCUUUCCACGAGGAGGUCGGUACCUCAGAGGAGGCAGCAAAGGCCAUUUCGCACAGCAACUUCCUGCCCAGCAGUGGUGGUUGUUUUGGCUCUGGUAUCUAUUUCGCAGACGAUGCGCGAAAGAGCAACCAAUAUGCCAGCAGAACAGAGCUUCAGCUGAAAUUGGACAGAGCAAAGUCCAGCAAGAUGCGGGCCAAGGCAGAAGACCAGAAGAUCAUGCUCUUGUGUCGAGUGGCCCUGGGCGGUGUGAAGGUCUUGCCCGAAGGCCAAGAUCGCAGCGCAGAUCGCUUUGCUGCCGAUCCGUCGAUCGACUCCAUUCUUGGCACCACCGAUGCCAAAGAGUUCGUUGUGUACGAUUCUGCUCAGAUCUAUCCGGAGUACAUCAUGUGCCCCACUGGUGAGGGGCGAGGGUGA